CCUUCUUCCCUCACUGGCAAGAUUUUUGACUGUGCUUAAUUUUUUUUCUUUCCUUUUUUUUUUUUCAUUCUUUCUUUUUCUCUCCCCAGCUUACGUGCCAAAUCAAAGAUCAUCAGCAGGGAAAAAUCAUUUGAGAAGAAUUCUACAAGGCGCAUCCAAUGCUUAGCAGGACCACCCUGACAGAGAAAGGAAGACGAUGUUUCGGGAAGGCGAGGGUUCGGGGCAGCUGGGGCGGAGGCGGCCGUCCGCGGCACGGUGGCUUCCUGCGCUGCCCUAGGGGAAGAGGAUGGGCCUGAGGUCCGGGAAGAGCCUUCCCGAGCCCCCCACUGCCAAUGCAGGCAGGGAAAAGUUCCGAAGCUGCCUCGAGGGAACAACAGCCUGAUUUGGGGCCGGCUGAACUGGACAGGACAUUGAAGCAAGCCAGCCUGCUCCGGAGCCGAGCAGAGGGGCUCCUGCUGGCUCGGCGGAGGCCGGAGCAAUCCUCGCCGCCGCCCUCGCCGCCACCGCGCCGCCGCCGCCGCCGCGGCCCCUGCGUUACUGGGGGAGACGGUGCCGCUGCGACAGGGGAGGACGCGGCUGGAGCUGAAGGAGGCUCCAACGCGCAGGCGCCGCCGAGCCCUGCCUGGAUGCUCAGUCAAGGCACUCAGGAAAAAAAAAAUCAGCAAUUUAUAGAAAGAAGAAGCUAUAGUCUGUCGGGAUAUCCAACACCAACAGAUAGUCUGAUGGCAAAUCAAACGGAAGGAAGAAGGCAGCAUGGCCACAGAUUGGAUCUGAUCUCUUUGUGGAUUACACUUUCAGUAAAAUGUAUGGAUCUAUCUUUUCCUUGUUCUUAUAUCUAGAUCAUGAGACUUGACUGAGGCGGUUCCCUUAUCCUCCAUCCAUCUAUGGCGAACUAUAGCCAUGCAGCUGACAACAUUUUGCAAAAUCUCUCGCCUCUAACAGCCUUUCUGAAACUGACUUCCCUGGGUUUCAUAAUAGGAGUCAGCGUGGUGGGCAACCUUCUGAUCUCCAUUUUGCUAGUGAAAGAUAAGACCUUGCAUAGAGCUCCUUACUACUUCCUGCUGGAUCUGUGCUGCUCAGACAUCCUCAGAUCUGCAAUUUGUUUUCCGUUUGUAUUCAACUCUGUCAAAAAUGGCUCUACCUGGACUUACGGGACUCUGACUUGCAAAGUGAUUGCCUUUCUGGGGGUUUUGUCCUGUUUCCACACUGCCUUCAUGCUCUUCUGCGUCAGUGUCACCAGAUACUUAGCCAUCGCCCAUCACCGCUUCUACACAAAGAGACUGACCUUUUGGACGUGCUUGGCUGUGAUCUGCAUGGUGUGGACUCUGUCUGUGGCCAUGGCAUUCCCCCCAGUUUUAGAUGUAGGCACCUACUCAUUCAUUAGGGAGGAGGAUCAGUGCACCUUCCAACACCGCUCCUUCAGGGCUAACGAUUCCCUAGGAUUUAUGCUGCUCCUCGCUCUAAUCCUCCUAGCCACACAGCUUGUCUACCUCAAGCUGAUAUUUUUUGUCCACGAUCGAAGGAAAAUGAAGCCAGUCCAGUUUGUAGCAGCAGUGAGUCAGAACUGGACCUUUCAUGGCCCUGGAGCUAGUGGCCAGGCAGCUGCCAAUUGGCUAGCAGGAUUUGGAAGGGGUCCCACACCACCCACCUUGCUGGGCAUCAGGCAAAACGCGAAUACCACAGGCAGAAGACGGCUAUUGGUCUUGGAUGAGUUCAAAAUGGAGAAAAGAAUCAGCAGAAUGUUCUAUAUAAUGACUUUCCUCUUCCUAACCUUGUGGGGUCCCUACCUGGUGGCCUGCUAUUGGAGAGUUUUUGCAAGAGGGCCUGUAGUACCAGGGGGAUUUCUAACCGCCGCUGUCUGGAUGAGUUUCGCUCAAGCAGGAAUCAAUCCCUUUGUCUGCAUUUUCUCCAACAGGGAGCUGAGGCGCUGUUUCAGCACAACCCUUCUUUACUGCAGAAAAUCCAGGUUACCAAGGGAACCUUACUGUGUUAUAUGAGGGAGCAUCUGUAAAUCUUUAGCCUUGUGAAACACUAACCCUCUCUGCUAAGCAAUUGUGGCCUGUUAGCCAUGUCUUGAGAAGAAAAUCAAGGAUGGGAUCAGCAGUGACCAGGAUUUGGGCAACAUUCUGCAGUCUUUGCAAUAGUUCACCUAUAAUCCUAUUUGAAAUCUCAGAGUGAUCCUGCUGGCUGCUGGCGAAGGUUUGUAAUUAGGAAAGGACAGAACCACUGCCCUAACUUUCUUUCUGUGGGUGAACACUAGAUAAUGGAAGUAGCAGGUGCUAAGUAUCAGUGCUAAAUGCUGUGUAUAUCAUUACAUAUGAAAAAAACUUAAAAAAAUUAGCAUUGGACAUUUUAAUAAAUUAAGUUGACAUGAGGUAAAUGUGUUGAUAAAAGCUAAUUUUAGAAGUUUGAAGACUUUAAAACAUUUCAUACUAUUUUUUGUUUGUUUUGCAAAGACUACACUACUGGGGGACUUAACAGUACUGUAAUUCUUAAAAGAUGUGCCAUGAAUUAUUGGGGAACAACACUUUAAACACGCCUUGUAAGUUUGGGGGAGCAUUCCAAAGCAGUAUAUUGGUUCCAAUUAGAGUUUACCUUUUUUGUACUGAUAUAUUGCUAUUUCUAAAUGCCGCUUUCCUUCCCUACCAGUGAAAUUGCUAGCAUUG